CAAGCUCAUUUCAUACGAUCAAGUGACAUGAUACUUUGUGUAAAAAUUGAUCAUUACUUGAUCACAUAACAUUCAGCUUGUAAUUGUUAGCAUACUUCCGUUGGCAGUUAAGAAGUAUACACGCCUACCUGUUAUUUUUAAAACAAUGUACGUAUACAUACACGAGUAGUUUGUAAAUACUUUAUGACCUGGGGAAUCGUAGUGCUGUUAAUCGGCCUGGUUAUACAUUGAAGCGCGUGCAGCAGCGUGCAGUGUGCAGAAUAUAUGACAAGUGUCGUGGCGGGCGUCUGCUGGAUCAACUGUUAAAUAGAUUUAUGUGGUCCUGAGAUUGAAACAAUAGAAAAUGUCUAGAAAACGUGCCAGAGAAGAAACUAUGUUGAAUUCUACAUCAUAUUCAAAUAAUCAGAAUGGGGAAGAUGCAUCUUGUUCCACAGAAGACUCACCAAUUUAUCCUUUGGUGACAAUGACUUGGGGGACCAACAGGACAUCAAAUAAUGAGUCAGGUCAAAUUUCACAGAAAAAAUAUAAUAGUGAAAUAUCUGUUUGCCACAAAGAACUUCCAUCUAUCUGCAAGGAAGCUCCUUUUAAUGAUGACCCAGAAGCACUUGCUGAAAGAAAUGCAUGUGAUUAUAAUAUUCGUAUCACAUUAAAAAUGGCAAAAAGUGGUAAAGCUCCUAGGAAGGUCAGGGUGUAUGCAGAUGGUAUUUAUGAUCUGUUUCAUCAAGGACAUGCACGACAACUCUUACAAGCAAAAAAUAUUUUCCCUAAUGUAUAUCUUAUUGUUGGAGUUUGUAAUGAUGAACUUACUCAUAGCAAGAAAGGUAGGACAGUUAUGACUGAUGUUGAAAGGUAUGAUGCAGUAAGGCAUUGUCGAUAUGUAGAUGAAGUAGUGAGAGAUGCUCCAUGGGAAUUGGACGACGAAUUUCUCACAAAACACAAGAUCGAUUUCGUAGCACAUGAUGAUAUACCCUAUAUGACGGAUGAUAGUACAGAUGUAUAUGCUGCAUUAAAAGCUAAAGGUAUGUUUGUAGCCACACAAAGGACAGAAGGAGUAUCUACAUCGGAUAUUGUAGCCAGAAUAGUUAAGGAUUAUGAUAUGUAUGUAAGAAGAAAUCUUGCACGAGGCUACAGUGCCAAAGAACUUAAUGUUUCUUUUCUCAGUGAGAAGAAAUUUCGGUUGCAGAAUAAAUUUGAUGAUUUAAAAGAUAAAGGUAAACGUGUCAUGGAAAAUAUUGGUGAAAAACGUAUGGAUAUGAUUAGCAAAUGGGAAGAAAAAUCUCGAGAUUUUAUUGAUGCUUUUCUACUACUAUUUGGCAGAGAAGGCAGAUUGUCAACAAUUUGGAAUGAAAGUAAAGGUCGUUUGAUGCAAGCACUAUCUCCUCCUGCAAGUCCAAAAAGGGAUGGCAGUCCAAAUGGCAGUAAUAUCAGCAAUAAUGAUGAAGAUCAGACAAGUCCACCACCAAAAAAGACUGGCCGUUUCGAAUUUUCACAAAGUAAUUAUUAUUUGAGCGAUGACUACAGCGACGAUGAAGAAGAAAAUUUGCAGUCUAAAUGA